UCUCUCGUGCAUGGGACUUUCUGUCGGGAUCGGCAACUUGUGGCGGUUUCCAUACCUUGUUUUCGAGAAUGGAGGAGGUGCAUUCCUGUUGGUAUACAUGAUCGUACUGCUGCUUGUCGGCAAGCCACUCUACUACCUCGAGAUGUUUCUGGGCCAAUUCAGCAGCUCUGGAUGCCUCGGGGUGUGGGCCGCUUUCCCGAUGGGCAAAGGUGUGGGCGUCACCAUGGCCUUCGGCAGCCUGUGCCUGGCCAUCUGCUACAACAUGUACCUGGCGUACGCCCUCAUCUACAUGUACUACUCGGUCGGCUCUCGCCUGCCCUGGACCGGCUGCUACAGUACAUGGGGAGCGAACACCCGGAUCUGCUACAUCCGAAAGCAAGGCGUCAAGACGUGCAAGGCGGCGUCACAACGGCUCUACCAGCGCUUCCAGAGCCAGAACAUCACAUUCGGCGUGGCCGUGAGCACUCACGACAGGAAUAUCUUGGUGCCGCACAAGGAGUACGCUCUGGAGAUGACCGGAUGCGUCAACGCCACCAAGUCGGCCGCCGAACACUUUUUCUGGGACAAAGUCCUGGAGAGCAGCCAAGGGUUCGGAGACAUCAAGCCCAUGAAACUGGACCUGACCAUCUGCUACUUCAUCGUGUGGAUCCACAUCUUCCUCUUUACCUGCAAGGGCAUCAAAUGGUUCGGAAAGGUCGUCUUGCUCACGGCCACCUGCCCUUACCUGAUCUUCUUCGCCUUGCUGAUGAAAGGGGUGUCGUUGGAAGGGGCCGGAGUCGGCGUCUCUGCUGUCUUUGUUCCCGUCUGGCAGAGCAUCUUCACGCUCAAGUGUUGGCGAGUGGCCAUCGAGCAGUGCGUGCUGUCCCUUUGCAUCGCCACGGGAUGCCUGAGCGUGCUGUCGAGCUACAAUGACUUCUACAACGACAUCUUCCAGGACGCAUGGUGUUUCGCCAUACUGAACUUCAUCUGGGGUGUGCUGUCGAGCACCGCCAUCUUUUCCACGGUGGGCAGCAUGUCGGUCACGCUCAACACCAGCCUCUCAGAGAUCGUCAUGGACAACAUGCCAAGCCUGGCUUUCGUGAACUACACCGAAGCCCUGAGUAACCUGCCGUUCCCUCAGAUGUGGUGCAUGCUUUUUUUUGUCGCUCUGUUCCUCUUUGGGCUCAACACUUCGGUGUUUCUGAUUCACACAGUGCUUUCGGCAAUCGUCGAGCACUUCCCAGGCCUGAAGGACUUCGGCACGGAGCUCACGCUCCUUUUCUGCAUCGGUGCUUUUCUUUGCGGACUCCCGCUGUGCACAAGCGCCGGCCCCUACUUCAUGCAAUUCUUGGAGUCGUACUUCGGGGCGUCCUUCUUCGUUAUACUCGCCCUCGUGGAAGCUGUCUUCUUCUCGUGGGGUUACUCCACAAGACGAAUCAUCUUCGACAUCGAGUUCAUGUACUCGGCCACGUCGGCUGUCAUCUACAAGGCCCUCUGGGGUUUUUUGAUUCCGUUGAUGCUGCUGCUGGCAUGCCUGUCCGGAAUAUUGGUCAAAAUCCCGACGACCUUGCUGGACUACAAGCUUCCCUUGUACUCCGACAUCGCUGGAUGCCUGAUGCUCAUGUUCAGCCUCGGCCUGAUUCCAGUCUGGGCCAUCACGUGGUUAAGAAGGCAAAACUUUAACUGUGACGACGCGCUCCAACCCUCCUACAAGUGGGGUCCGGAGGAACCUCCCAUCUUCAACGCGUACCAGGCUCGCCUCCGGAACAGGGGCCUGGUGGCCAUGACCUCCCUGUUCCCGGUCCGCUACGUGGCACCCAAGACCAUCCCGCCAGACUCCGCCGUGACGGUCGUGUUCGCCGCCGAACCCGCCCGUGCUCCGACGGACCAGCCUGUGGACAACCUCGAGGACGUGGCACGCUUUUGGGCGCUGCCUCCGAACCUGCCCGGAUUGGACCUGUCCAGGAUGGCGGUCUCGUUGCCUCGCGUGGGUGGCGACGCCGGGAGGAGGGCCGACGUGGCUCCGGAGCGCGCUCUGCCUGGUCGGGAGCCCAGUGCGCCUCCCCUGGAGUCCACUCCAGCGGCUCCGUUGACGCGGAGGUCUUCCUUGCCAGGCAUCCCUGGGUACCGCUACCGGCCGGUCCAGCGUCCACCGCGUCCUCUGGUAAGCAACUUCCUGCCCACGGUGCACCCCAACACCCUGGGCCCCCAGUUCUCCGAGUCUCCGAUGCGCUUCGGCCUCCUCGGCCGCAUGUUUGUCCGCCGCCACGACGAGUCGGACGAAGUCCUCAUCCCUGGCAUCCCAGUCCAGCCCCCGGGUCCCUGCCUGAACCCUCUCCCUCCCCCCGUCCGCUACCCCGUUCAACCAGGAGGUCCCUUCUACCCUGGUCCUGGGGAACAUCAAGCGCCACCUCCACCUUACCCGAACCCUGGUCCCGUUGAACACCAAGUUCCACCUCCACCUUACCCGAACCCUGGUCCCGUUGAACACCAAGUUCCACCUGCACCUUACCCGCGCGGUCCAUCUUUGGACCCACCUGGACAUCCGCCUGAGGACUCGGGUCCACCUUACCCCUUAGACCCGAAACCGCCCUACCCUCUGGCCCCGACUUUCCUUCCGCCACUUCCGCCGCUUCCCGCCCUGCCUCCGCCGGAGGUUGAGGCGGCCGAGCCUCCGAGACCCGCACUGAGAAGACGCAGCGCUGUCGUGAGUGACGCAGUUCCCGAGGUGAUUGUGAACAAGGGUGACGACGCUGGGGGAUCACCCAAGAGCAUCUUGCGGAAAUAA